AUGCCUGCGCCGUUUUUGCGGCUCAUCUGCGUCCACCCCGUGGCCUCGGACUCGAACGUGUCCUUCGACUUCGUCGUCGCGGCUCAGUACGAGCUGGCCAUCACCGGGGCGGGCGUCUACGCGGCGUCGAUGAUCGCGUGCUCCAACAGCUCCGCCCGCUUCGGCGGGGGCGUGAGGCUGGACGCCUCGGGCAGGGGCUGUGGCCCCGGCGAGGACCGGGCUCGGCGCGGGCUCCAACGUCGGCGCCCCGUGGGUGAUGUGCGGCGCAGGCGGCGCCUCCCACAUCGGCACGGGCGGAGAGGGCGCGACCUACCGCCCCGAGGACCCGAGCAGGAGUGCGGCGCCUACCCCGGCCAGGCCUACGACGGGCUCUCCGAGAGCCUCAUGCCCACGCGGGGCGCCUCGGGCGGCGGCUGCGGCGUGCCCGCGCCGUGCCCGGACCUGGUCGGGCCGGAGGACGACAUGGUGGCUCCCUCUUCUGGCGGCGGCCUGAUCUGGUUGUCUGCGCGCAACUUUACCAUGAGCGACGACGUGCAAGUGUUGGCGCCAGGUACCGCUGGCAAGGUGAAGCCGUACCGCGGGCAGGAGAAGGUGUCGGGGGCGGGGGCGGGCGGGCAGAUCCUGCUCUACGCCUCCAACUUCGUGUCUAUGGAAGCCACGGUCGUCCUCGACGUGAGCGGUGGCACCAUCCAGUGUACGAAGUCUAUGGUCGGCGGCGGGGGUGGCGGAGGCUUCAUCGGCCUGCAGUAUGGCAGCGGCGACGUGCCUUUGUCCCCGUCCGUGUUCCACAGUCUUCUCCCCAAGUACAACGGCGGGGGAAUGUUGAGCGACUGCGAGGGCUUCGUGCCGCCCAACGGCCUGAACCUGACGUUUGGCAAGGCCGGCAAGGCGCUGUCCCUCACGGACCCCGCCGCCCGUACGGCAUGCUGUGCGAGCAGUGCCCCGCUGGCAGGUACUCCACUGGCGGCAACGCGAAGUGCCUGGACUGUAACAAUAAGCCUGAGGAGGCAAUAUUCCGGAUACACCACCGAAGGCUGGCCAAACGCCACGUGCCCAUUCAAGUGUGGGCCCUAG